CGUUCCAAAAGUGGCACCGCACGCUAUCGUCCAGCCCUAAAGUGCAAAGCCAGCCAGCCAGAGGCAUAGGCGGAUAUGCUCCCACCUCUCCUCCUCCUUCAAAUAACUAAAAUUAAGUAGUAGAUUCUCUGUACCUCUUUCUUCUUCAGUAGCAGUGUAGUGUAGUAGACUAGUAGUAGCUUAUAUAUUGUUAUUGGAAUUAAUAAUAAUAAUAAAAUGGGUUUUGGAAAAGAGGGAGAAACAAAAACAGAAUUCGAAGAAGAGAAAGAAGGAGAUCAUGUUGAAAGCAGCGAUUACUACUUCGAUAAGAUUGGGAAACCCAUUCCCAUCCUCUCUGAUCCAACUGUUUCCCCUUUCCCUUUGCAAAACCCUCCUCUUCCCUCUCGCCCCCUUGCCCUCUCCCAAUACCACCGUCUCAUCUUCCUCGCCCAUCCCUCCGGGUUUCUGGUUGCGAGGACUAAAGAUGUCAUGGAUGCCGCUAUGGAUAUUAAGGAAAAAGGAAGCUCUUCUUCUUCGUCCAUUCAACGUGUCAGUCUUGUGGAUGUCCCUAUUGGGAAAGUUCACAUUUUGACACUCUCUACUGACUCCUCUACUCUUGCUGUUUCUGUUGCUGCUCAUAUUCAUUUCUUCCAUGUCCAUUCCCUUCUCGAUAUGCAAAAACCGUCCUUCUCUUGCUCUCUGAGUGAACCAUCAUCAUCUACUGUCAAGGACAUACAAUGGCGAAGGAGACAGGACAAUUCUUACCUUGUUCUUUCAAAUCAGGGGAAGCUAUAUCAUGGUGCUCUUGCUGCCGGCACCCAUACUCUUAAACACAUUACGGACAAUGUUGAUGCUGUUGAAUGGAGUCUAAAAGGAAAAUAUAUUGCUGUCGCAAGAGGGAGUCUUAUCAGCAUUUUGUCCUCAAAUUUCAAGGAAAGGUUCAGUAUAUCCCUCCCAUUCAGAUCAUGGAUUGCUGAUAGUGAUGAUGACUGCACUGUCAAAGUGGACUCUAUCAGAUGGGUACGUCAUGACAGUAUCAUUGUAGGAUGCUUUCAGCAAACUGCAGAUGGAAAGGAAGAAAAUUAUCUUCUUCAAGUAAUCAGCAGAAAAGAUGGCAAGAUUUAUGAUAGUUCUUCCAAGCCAGUCGUGCUAUCAUUCUAUGAUCUAUUUUCGGGUCUUGUUGAUGAUAUUGUGCCCUAUGGAAGUGGACCUUAUUUAUCCCUGGACUAUUUAGAACAAUGUGGGCUUGCAAUUACAGCUAACAAGAAGAACACAGAUCAACACAUUGUGUUGCUUGGUUGGUCAGUGGAGGAUGAGAUGAGUGAAACUGCAGUUAUUGACAUUGAACGAGAUACUUGGCUCCCUAGGAUUGAGCUUCAAGAAAACGGAGAUGAUAAUUUGAUCAUGGGGCUCUGUGUUGACAAGGUUUCCCUCUAUGGAAAAGUAAAAGUUGAAGUGGGGGUUGAAGAACAGAAAGAACUUUCACCCUACUGUGUUCUUAUGUGUGUUACUCUUGAGGGAAAGCUUGUCAUGUUCCAGGUUGCAAGUGCCACAGGAGCUAAUAUUCAACCAGAAGUUGAUUCUUCCCUUGAGGAUGAGAAAGAGGAUAUUGCUUUGGAACAUGAAGGAUGUGAUCAGUCUAGUCUUUCCUCUGGGUUGCAUGAAGAAACAUCGGAAGACAUAUCUCUAGGUCUUCAACCACAACAUGUGAGCAACAAGGAACUACAGCUCAAUAAAGAUGGUGGAAUUCCUACACAGAAGGACCUUGUUCCUUCUGACAAGAAUGAGAUUCCUGAAAAACUGGAAAUAAAAUCACUUUCUGUACAACAAAGUGUGAAAUUAGGGCAGUCAUCUUUGAAGGCCUCAAUCCCAGAGAUACCUAGUUAUUUAGGGAGUGAUUCCAGCAAAACAGAAACUCAAAGACUUGCUGGGUUUGCGUCUAGAUCCGCCUUAUCUGGAAAAGUUUUAACUGAUGCCCCCAGCAUAUCAAGUCGAAAGGAUUUACCAAACAAUGCUGAUCUUUUUAAGGCACCUCCUAGGGAAGUUGGAUCAAAUGCUUUACCAGGUGUCCCAUCUCAGUCAUGGUCAAGUGGAAAAGUUACAUUAUCAGCUUCAACUUUGAUUCAAGGAAAUAGACCUGAUUAUAAUAAUGUUCAAGUUGGUGCUGCAAAUGUUCCUAGUGACCUUGGCAGUAAAUCUUUUUGCAUGAAGGAUACUGCUGGUCAAUCAACUUCUGUCAACGCUUCUGUUAGACCAGCUCUUGACGGGGAACAAAGAGGUUCGAUUGUGUCAGGGACAAUUGAACCAUUGCCUGCCUUUCGAAGCUCACAGUUGUCAUCUCAUGAAAAUUUUGCUUCAGCCAGGUCUCCAAACCACAGACUCAAGUAUUCAAAAGACAACUACAAAACUUCAUCCCUGAGGGGUUCCGAGCCAAACUUAUCAAAACAAUUUGGUAAUAUUAAAGAGCUAGCCACAGAGUUGGAUACACUUCUGGAAUGCAUUGAAGAAAAAGGUGGUUUCAGGGAUGCCUGCACUGUUUUUCUGAGAGGCUCAGUUGAAGCUUUGGAGGAGGGCAUGGGAACUCUCUCUGAAAAUUGCAGAAUGUUGAAGAGUGUGAUGGAUGAGCGGCUUGGAGAGAUCCAUCAUCUUCUAGAUAAAACCGUGCAAGUUUUGGCAAGGAAAAUAUAUGUAGACGGUAUUGUCAAGCAAGCUUCUGAUAGCCAAUAUUUGGAACUCUGGAAUCACCAAAAGUUGAGCUCUGAACUUGAGUUGAAGCGGCGGUGUAUACUAAAACUAAAUCAGGAGUUGACUAAUCAGUUGAUUCAAUUGGAGAGACACUUCAAUGCCCUCGAACUUCAGAGUUUUGGAGGAAAUGCUGGAUUUCACACAGAUCGGAGAACUUUGCAGAUUAGAUAUAUGCCUUCAAGACAACUUCAGUCCUUGCAUAGUUUACAAAACACAAUGAGUUCACAGUUAGCAGCUGCUGAACAACUUUCUGAAUGUCUCUCAAAACAAAUGUCCAUGCUGAAUUUAGAGUCACCUGUAAGACAAAAGAAUGUCAAGAAGGAACUUUUUGAAACAAUUGGAAUCCCGUAUGAUGCCUCAUUUAGUUCGCCAGAUCCAACGAAAGCUGGUGAUACCACUUCAUUGAAGAAACUUUUACUUUCUUCGGGUUCUGCUGCCACUAAAGGUAAGUCUAGGAGACACCAAUCAAGUGCUAUGAAAAGUUCUGAUUCAGAAACUUCAAGGAGAAGGAGGGACUCGCUUGAUCAGAGCUGGGCUAGUUUUGAGCCUACGAAAACAACUGUGAAAAGGGUGCUUUUGCAAGAAAAUCAGAAGAAAAAUGUGAAUAAAUCAUUCUUGUUGAAGGAUAGGCAAAUUUUUAGUUCUGGCUUGGGGGACAUCUCCACAGUUCACCAAGAAGACCAGACAUCCCGAUCUUUCUUGCACCCAUUGGAAAGCAAAGGCCUUCAUUAUGGAUCCCCUAAACAAACGUUUGAGAAAAAACCAACCGUUCCAUUUAAAUGGGCUACUGAUCCUCCAAUGUCAUCACAGCCUCUGGGCUUGCGUUCUCCUAUACUGCAAAAUAACAACGUAGCGAUGGUAUCGGUUUCGUCAUCCCUGGUAUCACUGCCAGGAGGAGAAAUAAGUAGCAGGGAAGCCUACAAUAUGACUGCUGAUAAAUCUAAGAGUAUGUUUUCUCAAAUUGAGAAGCCUGAUUCUGUUUCCACCAAUGAGACCAGACGUAUUCAGCAAACUGAAACUAAUAUAAAUAAAAAUUCAGCAGACUCUACCGUGCAACCAAUGCAGACACCUUUGUUUCCAAAGAAACCAAAUGAGAUUCCUGUUUCAACUACCAGCAGCGUGCUUGCAAAAUCAGCAAUGCAAAGUGUGAAGCCUGGACCAGCAGACACCAAAAGUUCAUAUUUCGAAUCUCCCUAUAAAAAUUAUGAGCCUCCGCACUCUUUGUUAGGUGCCUCUUCUGUGGCUCCCACCCAACCUGGAAAGGUUCCUGAGAUCAAUUUUGCUACUAGCAAAGGCCAGCCUAGUGAAAAAGUUUCAUCUUCUCCAUCAGCUUUCAUAUCGCAUUCAGUUUCAUCAUCUCUGAUGUCCAAUAUAUCACCAAACGUCUCAUCAUCAAUAUCUACACCGACAUUGUCAGCUGCAAUGUCACUGAGCACAUCUUUAACCAGUUCUAAGGUCACCACCGGCUCUAAUCAAACAGUUACUUCGACAUCAUUGUCAUCAGUUUCUGUCUCACCUGUUUUUUCUACCGGUUCAUUGUCUUUUCAGGCCCCCAUGACAGUGUUACCCUCACAUGCUCCACUUCCAACUUCAGAGGUUUCUCCAGAGCUGCAACCCCCUCUAGGGAAAACUCUGCCUUCUAGCAAUCCAAGUCCUUCAUGUUUGACAUCAGAAUCCCUUGAAACAGAUAUUCAGCCUCUUAUAGGAAAACCUGCACGAAAUGUAAACCCCCCUGCUACACCUUCAGUGUCAGAAUCACUAGAAACAGAGCCCCAACCUCCUCCUGCUGGAAAAAAUCCACCUUCUGUCACUCCAGUUACCCCUUCAGAAUCAGAUUCCCCGAAAACAGAGGUUCCCCAUCCUCCGGGUGAAGCAAGUUCAAAGUCAGAUGUGGAUGUUCCUACAACUGCUCCACAGCCUAACCCUUCUACAUUUGGUUUGAAGCUUGAACCUUCAGCAUCAUCUGUCCUUACUACAGGACUAUCAACUGGAUUUGCACCAGUAAACCAGCCCAGCUUGAACCACUCUGGAAGUACUGCAUCUAAGGUGGCUCUGAAUUCUCAACCUCAGCAGCCAUCUUCUCAUAAUGUUCCUUUUGGAGCACCAAUCCUGACUUCUGAUAGCGUUAGUGGAAAGAAUGAAAGUUUGGAUGUUGCAGUUACAGAAGAGGUUGAAAUGGAGGAGGAGGGUCCUGAGGCUAGCUGCACAAAUGAACUUAAUUUGGGAAAUCUUGGAGGUUUUGGGAUUGGUUCAACCCCUAUCCCAACUGCUCCUAGAGCAAAUCCAUUUGGCAGUCCAUUUGGUAGCACAGGAUCAAAUGUAGCAACCUCUUCGUUGACCAUGACUGUACCUAGUGGAGAGCUCUUUCGACCUGCCUCUUUCAACUUUCAAUCUCCUCAGCCAUCCCAAAAGCCUCCACCAACAAAUAUGGGUGUUUUCUCUGGUGGCUUUGGCACAGGAGCAGUUGCCCAAGCUCCUGCUCAAAGCCAGUUUGGCCAGCCAGCACAUAUUGGAUCAGGACAGCAAGCACUGGGAUCAGUUCUUGGGACUUUUGGGCAGUCAAGACAGUUUGGAACUGGUUUACCUGGAAGUGGUUUCGCUUCUACCAGUGGUUUUGGUGGCGGCCUUGCUACUAGUAGUUCAACAGGUGGCUUUGCAAGUGCUGCAACUGCUGGCGGGUUUGCUGGUGUUGCUUCUACUGGUGGUGGAUUUGCUGCUUUGGCCUCAUCGGGUGCAGGAUUUGCUGGUGUGGCUGCUGGGGGUGGGUUUGGUAGUGUAGCUUCUGCUGUUGGGUUUGGUGGAGUGGCUUCUGGUGGCAGUGGCAUUGCUGGUGUGGCUUCAGGUGGUGGUGGGUUUGCCGCAGCAGCCUCGAGUGCUGGUGGUUUCGCAGCAGCGCCUGCAUCUGGUAGUGGAUUUGGUGCAUCAGUGAAAAUUUGCACAGGCAGUGGAUUUGGGGCUUUUGGCAGCCAACAAGGUACUGGAGGAUUCUCAGGUUUUCCUGGUAAUGCAGGAGGCAGCCAACAAGGAAUUGGUGGUUUCUCUGCUUUCAGUGGUAAUCCAGCAGGAACUGGAAAACCUGCGGAAUUAUUUACACAGAUGAGAAAAUAGAGUUCAGAGCUUUUGGACUAGGAUUAGAAAUUUUGUUCGCAAAUGAAAAAUGUAUUUGGUAAAAUAGAAUGUAAAUUGAGAUUCACCCGAUGUGAGAUCAUAUUCUGUCUGCAAUCUGAGUUCUGCUCUUUCUUAUUGUUGGACCUUUUUACCAAAUAUUAUGCCAAUGGGGGUGUCAAUUUAUGAAUGAAGGCAACAUAUUGUGUGUGGAUA